AUGCCGGCCGUCCUCUACGGCACCGCCUGGAAGAAGGCGAAGACCGCGGGCCUCGUCUUCGCCGCCGUCAAGGUCGGCUUCGCGGGCAUCGACACGGCGACGGCGAAGAAGCACUACAACGAGGCCGGCGUGGGCGACGGGCUCGCGGCCGCGGCCGAAACCGUGUGGACGCAGUCCAAGUUCACGUACCCGCGCGGCCACGACCCCGGCGAGGCGCCCUGGGGCGACGCGACGGACCCCGCGGAGCGCGUCGCGCGGAGCGUGCGGGCGGCGCUGGCGAACCUGAAGGUGAGCAAGCUCGACGCGUUCCUGCUGCACGGGCCGUCGACUGAGGCGCGCCGGUCCGGGAAAAUGACGGAGGAGGACUUCGCGACGUGGGCGGCGAUCGCCCGGGCGAAGCGCGACGGCCUCGUGGGCGCCAUCGGCGUGUCCAACGUCGACGCGACCCUGCUGCGCCAGUUCCUCGCGCUUCCGGAUCCGCCGCAGAUCGUCCAGAACCGCUGCUUCGCGAGCUCGGGCUGGGACUACGAGAUCCGCGGGAUCUGCCGCGAGCACCGCGUCGUCUACGAAGGCUUCUCGCUCCUGACGGCGAACCGCGACAUCACGGCCGGCGGCGGCCCCGUCGCGGCCGCGGCCGCGCGCCUCGGCAAGACGCGGCAGCAGGUCGUCUUCCGGUUCGCGCUGGAGGUCGGCAUGGUCCCGCUGACGGGCACGACGGACGAACGGCACAUGGCCGAGGACCUCGGCGUCUUCGAUUUCGAGCUGACGGGGGACGAGGUGGCGGCGAUCGAGGGCGCGGGCGUUUUGUAA